AUGAAAUUCGCGGCUGUCGUCACCCUGGGAGAAGACGGAGGUUGUGCCGGCAAAUGCUGUGGCCGACCUUCUCAAGGUCAAUUUUGUUGGUGUCGCCUCCGGCCAAAACCGUAUUCGAAUAAUUGGCCCUCUAGAUUCAGAUUCCCGCUGCCUCUGAAGGCUGUGAGCGACGGAGAUGGGUCUAUGGCUCGCGGCGGGACUGGUGGAGGUGAGCGACGUGUCGGAAGGAGAUUUUGUGCUGUGUAUGCUAUUCUCCGGUGGUCGCUGGACGGGCGGGAGAGGACUGGUCGUGGUGGAUGGAUGACGGCGGUGGGGGAGGAAGGUUGUGACCCGCAGCAGCCGGCGGGGCUGGUGGAGGUGGACUGCUAG